AUGCCCAGCCUAUCUCCCACUCCCCCCUUCGCCCUCUUCUCUGAGCAGCGCGCAGCGAGCUCCUCUCCUUCGUCGACACAAUCCCAGGCCUUGCCACAGCUCGUCGAUGGCACGUCCAUCCCAGCAUCGGCCAACGCCGUGGAGAGGCACCCCAAGGGCAAGAGGAAGCGUACCGCUGCCAAAGACAAAAUCGUUCUAGAGGAUGCGUACAAGGACAACCCCAAACCCGACAAGCAGGCGCGUCUCGAGAUCGUCGACCGCGUUUCCCUGAACGAAAAGGAGGUCCAGGUCAGGAUAUUCAUGCGCAGCCGUCACCCGAUGCACCGGAAGACGCGUCUAGUAUGCAUCAACCGACGACAGAACGACCGCCGGAAAUCGCGUCCACUAUCUCCAGAAGAGCUCGCCGCUCUUCGGUACAGCGGCUUGCACAAUAUUUCUUCGGAUUCAGUCCCGUCUCGGGGGCUCGUUUCCGAUGCCGACGGUAUUUGUCCCAUGCCCAGUUCGGCCAGCUCCCGAACACUUGACCGGGCUUCCGUCUCUCCGUCCGUCGUGAAAACCAGCCCCGAACUCUCUCGCUCCCUUUCCGAUGUCGGCACGCCGAGGAUUGGAAGUCAAGACUCCAACGCGCAGAGUCAGACCGAGACGACCCCGCCGCAGAGUCAGGAGUCAUCAACCUCCCGCCCGACUCAAGAAGGACCUGACGCCAUGGCCCAUUCAUUCUCGGCUUCCGUAGGAUACCUUGCCAACCGAUGGAACCUUGGCAGCUCCUUCUCCACACCAGCAACUCUCAAGUGCGGCAGUGAAGAGUCGCCUAACCUCGAUCCUCCCCCUCCGUCAUCUUGCCCGUCGGACUCGCGGAGCACGAGAAACCCCAAAUCUCGGCUCAGACUGUCGCUUUCGUUGGAGGGAAAGGCUGAGUUGGUCUCCAACCAGCCAUCCCCUACGCGUGCCAUGCCUCGUCGGCCUUCGAGCACGCUCCCUAGCCUUCCUCAAGUCCGCCGUGGCCUCCAGCGCAGCCAUAGCGCGCUUCCGACAAUCACCCUACCCCCCAUUUCCGCCCUGACCAACUCUCUGCCGCCACGACUUUCGAGGGGGCGAUCUCGGAACGUCCAUGCCUGGGAGUCAUGUGCCGAUUCGGAGAGACGCGAUGAACUUACGGCUCAGGCCGAGAACGAGUCGAACGGUUCGGCCAUUGCGGCUAUCAGCCUGCUGCGGUCCUCCAGCGGAAUUCUGCAACCCAGCGCGGCCAAGAGAAACGCGUCCCUAACGAGAUCCUCAAGGCCUCGUCAGACCAAGAAAGCCAAGUUGAGCCGAGCAAGCUCAACGUUCGCCCGGCUGGAGAAUGUGGGCGUCAAUGCCGAGAAAGCCCGUGGCGGUUUGGGUGAUGGGGUCAAGGUCGCCAGGCUCGUAUCGCCAACCGACUCGGACAAGGAGAACUGGAGUCCCGACUCGGGCGAGCACCCGCAUGACAGAUCACGUCUCCCCGCAUUACCAUCUGAACCACUGCCGAAAUCCGAGAGCCACCGCUUGGGCCGUAUGCUAGGAGAGCGGAAGGACUCCAGGUUUAUGGCGAACCGAGCGAACACGACACCUUCAAAACCUUUUGGACGAAAAGAUGGUGUCGUUCAAAUUUUCGAAGACUCGUCUCAGCCGCCGUCCCGGUCACGAGCUGAUGAAGUGGAAAGAUUUAUGCGUGGCGAGAUCAGCCCGAGCAAAAAGGGCGACAUGGAUUGUGUAGCGGGACUCUUGUCGCUGAGCCAGGGAGCAUGGAGAUGA